AAAUAAUAAAAAUGACUCUUAACCCAGAAGACAAGGCCAAGUUUAUACAGUUGCAUUCUUCAGCUCAUAAAGCCGACUUUGCAGACCAAGCGGAACUGAAGACCAAAGCAGGCCUACAUCUUAUCAAAAACAUACCGUCGCUCACCUCACAUAACGUUUUUGAGAAACUACACAAGUAUGAUGAAGUCCAAAACAAGCAAGAAGACCCAAAAUUGAGAGAACAAACAAACUUCUUAAGAUCCAAGAGAGCUAACCUUCAGAGGGUCCUUGAAGAAAGCUCCUAUAAGAUGGAAACCAAGAGAGUUCAGUCAUAUUAGAAAGAAUGGUCAUGGAGAAAGAACAUCAAGCAAUGCUAGAAGAGCUCCGCAUGAAAAUGAUGAUGAUACAGGAGAAAAUAAGUUGAAUCGAAGAAUUGAAAGUUAUGGUGGAUCAUGAUUGUCAAGCACUUCAAGCAGAAAUAGGUGUCACCAGCAAAUCUACAAAGGCUAACA